UAUGAAUCUCAGAGAUUUAGGAGACGAAGAGUCCAAAAAGAAGCUCAAUCAAAAUCUUCAAAACCUUACCGAAUAUACCAAAAGGCUCCUUCUAAACAUAUCAUGCAUCUCUCAUCCCCUCAGCCCUCCAAAAUAGCACCUUCAAAUCCCUCUUACAGCGUUCAAAAAACCACAAAACAUCCAAAAAGAACCUCCUUUCACCUAGCCCCCGCUCCAAACCUCUCUUCUCAAAAUCCCCUGCUAGCCCUCGAUCUCCCCAAAUUCCCUAUUCAAGUCCUCCAAUCUCAGACUCUUCCAGCUGCUCUUCGGCUACUUCAACAAUAGAUCCCUUCAAAUAAGCUGAUGGAAGGGCUCAAAGAGCCCUUCAGCCUUAUUCUAAAGGACGCUGACAAAGUCCUGCCCAUAGAGGACAAGAGAACACUUGAGACUAAGUACAAGUAAACUAGACAAAAGACUGAGGUCAAGGAAGAAUAUCCGUCAUGGCCAGAAGGAGCUGCCUUCGGCAGCCAUGGCCAAGAGUGGUACUAUUCCGGGACAGCAUCAGAAAGUUCAGAAAAAGAAUUAUUUUACGCUGAAGAAGAAGGAAACUGAGAAGAGCUUUGUUAGUGAGAUGUUGGAGAGGCUAGAGAAGCAAGAGAAUAGUAAGAAAAAGCAAACACAACUCCCAAUGAGGAGUAAAAGUUGAACAGAAAGAGAUAAUUUUGCUCAAUUUCAAAAAUUUGCACAGCAAAGAAACCUUACCAAAUAAAGAAGAAAAUUUCACUUCCAAAAUGAACGAACCGUUAAAUUUCUUUGAAAAAUAUAAAGAAAUAAGCUCUUCAAAGCCAUUCCCUUAUGCAAUGGUAGAUUUUAUCAAAUAAAGGCUCAAAAUAUCUUGACCAGAUGAGGAAGGCACAGAGCUCAUCAAACUUCAGGCUUGGACCCUUCUCAGCCAAGAAAUCACAUAGAAGACAUGUAGUUGUCUCCUCACUUUCAGAAAGAACGAAAAUUAAGAAGAAUAAGUAUGAAGAUUCAGCCACUGAUAAGUCUAACAUUGGUAGUUUCUUUGGAUCCAUGUAUUCUCCGAAUAAAACCCGACCCAAGUUAAUCCACGGCGCAUCCGACCAGCCACAGCCAAAAUCAGUUGAAAAGACUCUAAAGAAGCAAAAGAUGGAAAGACGCAAGAACUACAGAAUCCUCAAGGAUCUCCCUAAGUGAAAAAUCCCAUGGAAUAUCGAGCUUGAGCAUAAGUUAUCUGAAGUCAAAAGGUUUGCAUUCUAUAGAAAACAAAUAAGUAAUAUGCCCUGAAGCAGGUCAGGAAAAUAUUAGCGAUCUUUGGCUUCCUUUGCUUGUUGCCUAAAUUCACUUGAGAUUGGUUUCUUUAAG